AUGUCCGUUCACGCCAACGGCAAGACACCUUGGCACGCAUUUAGCAAAUCACCAUUCCGCACCCGUGCUGAUUUCCAAGACGCAUGCUGCGCUCUUCUGAACCCUCUCUUGCCGCUGUUCACACCGGGUGGGAGCCGAGUCAAAGUCGGGACAUCCACGACUCGAUUCGACGAGGCGGGUGCGCAGAUCGAGGGCUAUGCGCGUCCACUUUGGGGUCUGGCGUCGCUUCUAGCGGGCGGCUAUGAUUACCCCGAGGCAGCGAAAUGGCGUGAGGGAAUCAUCAAUGGUACUGAUCCGGCGAGUGCGGAGUACUGGGGAGAUAUCGAAGACUCGGAUCAACGCAUGGUGGAAAUGUGUCCGAUCGGCUUUGCGCUGGCGGUAGCUCCGCAUGUGUUUUGGGAUCCACUGAGCGAGAAACAAAAGGGGAAUGUGACAACGUGGUUGAAUAGUAUUAAUGCUCGGGAGAUGCCAAAUACCAAUUGGCUUUGGUUCCGAGUCUUUGCAAACCUGGGAUUGAGACGGAAUGGGGCAGAAUACUCCCACAGCCGGAUUGAGGCCGAUAUGGAUCAUCUGGAUACUUUCCAUGUUGGGGGUGGUUGGAGCAAUGACGGACCAAAGACCCAUCAUCAGAUGGAUUACUAUUCUGGAUCCUUUGCCAUUCAAUUCCUGCAACUUUUAUACGCAAAGCUCGCCGGGGACUUUGAUCCCGAGCGAGCUGAACGAUACCGACAGAGAGCUCGAGACUUUGCCAAGGACUUUGUGUUCUACUUCAAUCCUGAUGGCCGAGCAAUCCCAUUUGGUCGCUCUCUGACCUAUCGGUUCGCAAUGGUCGGAUUCUGGGGCGCCCUGGGCUUCGCUGAUGUCGAGCUCCCUGCUCCAUUAACCUGGGGCGUCGUCAAGGGACUCUUACUGCGCAACUUCCGCUGGUGGUCCACACAAAGAGACAUCUUCAACAACGACGGCACUCUCAACCUGGGAUACUGUUACCAAAACUCCUACAUGACGGAGAACUACAACUCACCCGGCUCUCCAUACUGGUGCUGUCUCUCAUUCACCCCCCUGGCCUUACCCGAAUCGCACCCGUUCUGGGCCGCAGACGAAGAACCCUACCCCACGGCCUCUCUGCCCGAGAUUGUCGCGCUGAAGUAUCCCAAACACAUCGCCAUUCGCCGCGGCGGCCACUCCUUCCUACUAUCCUCCGGACAAGCAUGUCAUUACUCCAUGCGAGCAAUCCACGCCAAGUACGGCAAAUACGCAUAUAGUUCCUCCUUUGGCUACUCCGUUCCCACCGGCGGCUACGAACUGGAACAGUACGCACCAGACAGUAUGCUCGCGCUCUCGGAAGACGGUGAAUUCUGGAAAGCCCGCCGACUCGUCGAAGACGCUCAUUUCGAAGAGCCCGGUCAAGACGGCAUUCCCGUCCUGGUCUCCACCUGGAAGCCCUGGUCCGACGUCGAGAUCGAGACCAUCCUGGUUCCCCCCGCGGCCGAGACUCCCAAUUGGCACAUUCGCGCGCACCAUGUCCGCUCGGGCCGCGCCUUGAAAAGUUCAGAGGGAGCCUUUGCGAUCUACGGAUGUCGCAGUGAUAAUGGACGGAUCCUUGGACCUAUGACUGAAUCCGCUGGCGAAGGUACAUUGAAUGGUGCUGGGAAUGCGCUCGUUCUCUCCUCUGCCGGUGUUGUGGGUAUCGUUGAGCUCCAUGCUUCGGGUGUGCGGGAAGGUCGCAUCGUUGUUGCGGAUCCUAAUUCCAACAUUAUUCAUGGGCGUACCCUCCUGCCUUCAUUGGCUGUGGAUAUCCCGGCAGGGCAUGAUCAGUGGUUCGUGACGGCUGUCUUUGCAAUGCCCGAGAACACCAAGGACUGGCAGGUUGGGUGGGAGCAAAAGCCUACCUUGCCGGGAUGGUUGAGUGAGAAACUCUCGAUGGCUCCGUGA